AUGUCCGACAAGCCAGUCAAACGCGACGAAGCACCGCCGCCCUACAGCGAGCAGGAUCAACCUCCGCCCUACAGUGAGUACGGCCAGACGCAGAAUUCCAUCAUUACGGACGCAGGUGGUCUCCCAGAUCAGAAACACGAAUCACCAGCAUGGCAGCCAUCAAAUGUUCAAAAGCCCGGAGACUACCAAAAUGGUCGAGGCGGCACGCCAUCAGUGUACAGCCCAGGACUUGGUGGCGGCUCUAACCCGGGACCCUACUCGGCUCGCUAUGGUUCAUCUGGCUAUCGCUCAUCCAGCUAUAGUGCGCCUCGCUAUAGCUCAACUUCUUACGGCUUAUCCCCCUUCUACAAUCCAGCUCUCAUGAACCUCUGGGCUUAUACGCAGCCGUCAAGCUACAGAAGAGGCUCUUCUAAUUCGAGCCAGAGACUGCAGGAUUCUGGAUAUUUGAGAGUAUAUCUUGCAGUCCUAGCAUGUUCCUUUUUGAUAGGCAUGCUUUCCUGA